GCGACACAAUGCUCCAACGUCAGCAUCAGUGCACCUUCAUGUGAUGUGGGCUGUUUGCGUCCGUUUACUUGGAGAGGUUGCUUUGGAAAGAAUAACGCAUCUUAGCUUUGGGCGACUCGUUGCACAAUUCAUCUAGUUUGUGGGACGUGUUUGUACUUUAAAAGAUAUACGCGCGAGCCAUAUCGUUAGUUAGUUUGUGCGCGCGCUUCGAGACGAUGUUAUAAAGCAACGCUUGGUGCGUGCUUCUUUAAAUGAGCCCGUAUUGGAAAGCCACUGGGAGCCGAAGCCAGGAACUAACUUAAACUACACAACUCCAGCUGCUGUGUUGGAUCGGAGACGGCAUCCGUUGCUUCAGCCUUCCAGGCCAUGAGUGGUUUCAAGGGCCGGGAUGUGGAAAAACAGGGCAUCAAGCUGCCAAAGAAAUGGGCUGAUCAUAAUGACAAGAUCCCAACAGACCGUACGAUGGUUAUUAGUGGAGUGGUGGGAGGCAGAGACCCUUCAGACACAGCGGGAGGUCGGUUGAGGAAACGGCGCCAGCGCUAUGUGGAUAAAGACGGCAAGUGCAAUGUCCACCACGGAAACGUGCGGGAAACCUACCGCUACUUUACGGACAUCUUCACCACGCUUGUGGAUUUAAAGUGGCGUUUUAAUCUUCUCGUGUUCACACUGGUCUACACCUCCACCUGGAUCUUCUUUGGUCUCAUUUGGUGGCUCAUCGCAUACGCGCGUGGAGACCUGGACCACAUGGACGACAACGACUGGACACCUUGCGUAAAUAACCUGAACGGCUUCGUCUCCGCUUUCCUUUUUUCCAUCGAGACUGAGACCACGAUUGGUUACGGGUACCGCGUCAUUACAGACAAAUGCCCCGAAGGUAUCAUCUUGCUUCUUGUGCAGGCCAUCUUAGGUUCCAUCGUCAAUGCCUUCAUGGUGGGUUGUAUGUUCGUGAAAAUCUCACAGCCGAAGAAACGCGCCGAAACCCUCAUGUUCUCCAACACGGCUGUGAUCUCCAUGCGGGAUGGCAAGUUGUGUUUGAUGUUCAGAGUCGGUGACUUGCGGAACUCACACAUCGUGGAGGCGUCCAUCAGGGCCAAGCUGAUCCGCUCCAAGCAAACCAAGGAAGGAGAGUUUAUCCCGCUAAACCAAACGGAUAUCAACGUAGGCUUUGACACAGGGGACGAUCGGCUGUUUCUAGUGUCACCGCUAAUCAUAUGUCACGAGAUCAAAAAGAACAGCCCGUUUUGGGAGAUCUCUCAGGAGCAAAUGGCACGAGAGGAGUUUGAAAUAGUGGUCAUCCUGGAAGGAAUGGUGGAGGCCACAGGAAUGACCUGUCAGGCCCGCAGCUCGUACCUGAACUCAGAAGUGCUCUGGGGACAAAGAUUUACCCCUGUUCUUUCACUGGAAGAGGGAUUUUAUGAAGUCGAUUAUGACACGUUCCAUCACACCUACCCCACCCCAACCCCUUCGUGCUCUGCACGCGAGCUAGCGGAACUGGAAAAGAAAGGGGAAGCGAUCCCUCUUCCCCCUAUUUCACCCCCAGCAACCCUCAUAGAACCCAGGCAUCAGCAUCCUGAGGAGAUGCCUGGUGUGGAGAAUAUGGAUGGGGUAGCAGAGGACACUGUUAGCAACGGUGAUGUGAACAAAAUGGAAUGUGGGCAGGAAUGAGUAUGGGAUCUGUGAUCUGCAAUCUUUGCUGCCCCCGUGUGGAUGGGAUGAAAAUCGCUGGAGAAAGAAAAAAUAAUUUGCCAUUGAUACUGUGCUGAUACUGUUAAUAAAACCUUUAUUAGAUAGCACGGAUAGGAUUUUAGGUAAUUAAAAUUCGAAGAUUCUUCAAUUCUAAGUUAAAUGCAAUGUGUUUAUUUAAGUAAUAUGCAUAUAUUUACAGCUUUGUACUGUACUUGCUUAACACAAACUCAGAACAAUCAUAAUUUCUACUUUAUUAUUAUAUAUACAGCACUGUGCAAAAUCUUAGGCCACCAUAACCAGCUUUGUUGUUUUAGCAAAGUUCUAAUGUCAUCCACUGUUUUUUAAGAUACAAAAAAUACAGGAAAUAUGUACACAAAAUUAAAAACAAAACAAUUUUCAGUACUAAAUGUCUUCUUCAGGCAUCAGUCAGUAUUUAGUGUGAUCUCUCUUUGGCACGAAACCUCUUGAGCUUUUUUGAGAAGACUGGAGUCCUGAAGUCAUUCGAUUAGAAUUAGAAUUAGGAUUUAAUUUUAUUUAGGCCUGCUAUUGCUCAAGUGGAAGGAGAGUUUACACUAAAUACUUGACACUUCUUACUGUUUUUAAUACUACAUACAAAUUUCCUGUAUUUUUGGUUGUAUUCUAAUAAAGAGGCUGAGAAAUAAUUAUAUAUGAUCAUUGUACAAUUGCAAAACCAACAAAUCUAAAGGUAGCAUGGUGCCCUAAGACUUUUGCACAGUACUGAAUAUAGUAUUCAUUGCUUAACAAAUUUAUUAGACCACCUGUCUGUUUGACUCAAAGAUCAUCCAGCAUCAUAAAGUGCUUUAAUGUGGACUCUUUUCCUUUUUGAUCAGGAGUUAGGAAUGAAAAAUAUGUCCAAUUUAAUUUGCGUUUUAUACCCAUAUUUUAGUCAGCACAUUCAACUUUUCUCUGAAGUCAGAAAUGAAUCAAGCAUAAAAUUCAAAAAAUUUUUUUUUAAGGAUUGUAAGUAAAUAACUUUUAUUGGGCAUCUGAAUAGAAAAUAAUAACGUGCUUUAAUUAGUUUAGUUUUACUUAGGGUUAGUUUUGGCAAUAGGUGGAGUUUGGGGGAGGUCACUUCUUCUCCAGACCAGAACUACUUAUGAUUUUGUUUGAGCUUUUAAUGAAAUAUGAAUAUAUAAAUUGUUUUAAAGCCAUAAGACACACUCUCUCGCUAAUCUCAAUGUAUUGCAGUACCCUUGUUUGCCGGUAGGUGCCCCCAAGCACAAACGCGAAACUCCGCAAAUGGUUUUGGCACAAACCACAUUUGGUGGUGGUCUAAUAAAUUUGUUAAGCAUAUAUAUAUUAUUUUAUUUAUUUUUAUUUAAUUUAUAGAAUUUAAGAUCUAUUGACAAAGAUGGUGCUUAUCCGGCAGCAUUUUCUUGUUUAAAAAAAUGCUAGUUAAAUAUGUGUUUGUUUAUCAUUUCACUUUCAGUAGUGAAAUUAAUCCCAUCAGUAGAUUAUUGGAUAUGCAUAAGAUACACUUACAAGUGCACAUUAUCUAAAGGUAAACACUAGGGUUAGAGUCAAGUUCAGACCCAGCUGUCUAUUUGAAUGGACUGUAAUAAGAACACUGAGCCAUGGAGUUCUCGUAAAUUCUAUGUGAUUGUGAAAAUACUGUGCCAACAUGUACUUGAGGUCUUUAUCACCUUUAGUACAUCUGGAAAUACAUUAUGGUUGUGUCUGAGACCAUAAGCUGAAAGUAUAAAACAAUAAUUUUGUGGUUAUGAGAGGUUUGAAGAGCAAGUUCAGAAGAGCAAGGUAGCAAACAGCGACAUCUGCUGUUUGUGACCUCACAACACAGCUGGCCAUGAAAUCAUGCUUCUUUACUGAUAGUAGAUAUGUAACACACAUGUUGUGUUUAACAAAUAAAACGCACAAUGUCACUGUAAAGCCAUCAUUUUAUCUACAAUGAAGCAUUGUAUUGUUUGCCUAAUGCUGUCAUCGUCAAACUAAAGUUAUUUAUGGUCCUGUUUGUGAAACAUCUUUAAAGCCUAUAUUUUGUUCUUUCUUUUUACACCAGCUUUAAUAAAGAUCAUUUCAUUUUUUUCUGCUUUGUUUUACAACAGCCAAUAUACUUUAAUUCUUCCUCUGACACUGAGCCAAUAAAAGAAAGUUAAAUUAAUAAAUAGGUAAAUAUUAGAAUUUAGUAACAAAUGCAUAGACCUAACAUUAUGCAAAUGUAUAACAUUAAAUAAAA